UUUACAGGGACCAGUGUCCUUCAGGGAUGUGACUAUAGAUUUCAGCAGAGAGGAAUGGCAGCAUCUGGAUCCUGCUCAGAGAAACCUCUACCGGGAUGUGAUGCAGGAGACCUACAGCCACCUGCUCUCAGUAGGGUAUCAAGUUCCUGAGUCAGAGGUUUUCAUGGUGGAACAAGGACAGGAGCCGUGGGCACUGCAGGGUGAGAACCCACACCAGAGCUGUCCAGAAGAAUUGCAGCAGAUUGGUGAUCAGAUAGUCACCUAUCAUCAAACAGGAAGUAAAUCAAUAAAUGAUACUGCUUUCAUCAAGAAAAUAUGGACUACAAAGAGUCAUCAUGAGUAUGAAGGCAUUACAAAAAUAAUCCACAUGAGCCCAAACAUUAUUCCCCCCUCCAAAAGACCCCACCAAUUUGGCUCAUUUGGGAAUGUCUUGAAACAUAAUUUAGAUUUAUACAGUCAUUAUAGAAGUAAUACAUCAAAUAGCAUUAAAAAGAUGACUGAAUGUAGUAAAAUUUCUUCCUAUACUGAUGACCAUGAGUAUACUCUAACAGGAGAGAAAUUAUGGAACCAUAAUCAAAGUAGAACAAAUCUCAGUUAUCAACAAGUACCCUCUCGAUAUCAGAAAAUUCAUACGGGAGAGAAAUCCUAUGAUUGUGCAGAAUUUGGAAAGAUCUUCACCCAUAAAUCACAGCUCAAGGUACAUAUGAGAGUUCAUACAGGAGAAAAACUCUAUGUAUGUAUUGAAUGUGGCAAGGCUUUUGUGCAUAAGCCAGAAUUCAUCACACAUCAAAAAACCCAUACUAGAGAAAAGCCCUAUAAAUGCAAUGAAUGCGGAAAGUCCUUUUUCCAAGUGUCUUCUCUCUUCAGGCAUCAUAGAAUUCACACUGGAGAGAAACUCUAUGAAUGCAGUGAAUGUGGGAAAGGCUUCUCUUAUAACUCAGAUCUCAGUAUACAUCAGAAAAUUCAUACUGGAGAGAGACACCAUGAAUGCGGUGACUGUGGCAAAGCAUUUACACAAAAGUCCACACUCAAGAUGCAUCAGAAAAUUCAUACAGGAGAGCGAUCCUACAUAUGUAUUGAAUGUGGACAGGCCUUCAUCCAGAAGACACACUUGGUUGCACACCGAAGAAUUCAUACUGGAGAAAAGCCAUAUGAAUGCAGUUACUGUGGGAAAGCCUUCAUUUCCAAGUCUCAACUCCAGGUACAUCAACGAAUUCACACAAGAGUAAAGCCCUAUUCAUGUACCGAAUAUGGGAAGGCCUUCAACAAUAGUUCUAACCUUGUUGCAAAUAAGAAAGUUCAAAUUAGAGAGAAAUCGUCCAUAUGUGCUGAAUGUGGGAAGGCCUUUACUUACAGGUCAGAGUUAAUUAUUCAUCAGAGAAUUCACACUGGAGAGAAACCCUAUGAAUGUGGUGACUGUGGAAAAGCCUUUACUCAGAAGUCAGCACUCACAGUGCAUCAGAGAAUUCAUACAGGAGAAAAAUCCCAUGUGUGCACGAAGUGUGGGCUGGCCUUCAUCCAGAAGGCACACUUGAUUGCACAUCAAAUUAUUCAUACUGGAGAGAAACCUUAUAAAUGUGGUCACUGUGGGAAAUUCUUUACUUCUAAGUCACAACUGCAUGUGCAUAAACGAAUUCACACAGGAGAAAAACCUUACAUGUGCAAUAAAUGUGGGAAGGCAUUCACCAACAGGUCAAAUCUCAUCACACAUCAGAAAACUCAUACAGGAGAAAAGUCUUAUGUAUGUUCUAAAUGUGGAAAGGCCUUUACUCAGAGAUCAGACUUGAUAACACAUCAGAGAAUUCAUACCGGAGAGAAACCUUAUGAAUGCAGUACCUGUGGAAAAGCCUUCACCCAAAAGUCACACCUCAAUAUACACCAGAAAAUUCAUACUGGAGAGAGGCAGUAUGAAUGCCAUGAAUGUGGGAAAGCCUUCAAUCAGAAAUCAAUACUCAUUGUGCAUCAGAAAAUUCAUACGGGGGAGAAACCCUAUGUAUGCACUGAAUGUGGAAGAGCCUUUAUCCGAAAGUCAAACUUCAUUACUCAUCAAAGAAUUCAUACAGGAGAGAAACCUUAUGAAUGCAGUGAUUGUGGGAAGUCCUUCACGUCCAAGUCUCAGCUGCUGGUACAUCAGCCAAUUCACACAGGCGAGAAACCCUAUGUGUGUGGUGAAUGUGGCAAGGCCUUUAGUGGCAGGUCAAAUCUCAGUAAACACCAAAAAACCCACACAGGAGAGAAGCCUUACAUCUGUUCUGAAUGUGGGAAGACCUUCAGACAGAAGUCAGAGUUGAUUACACAUCACAGAAUUCAUACUGGAGAGAAACCUUAUGAAUGCAGUGACUGUGGGAAAUCUUUCACUAAGAAAUCUCAGCUCCAAGUGCAUCAGCGAAUUCACACAGGCGAAAAGCCUUAUGUGUGUGCUGAAUGUGGCAAAGCCUUUACUGACAGGUCAAAUUUGAAUAAACACCAAACAACACAUACUGGAGACAAGCCCUACAAGUGUGUAGUCUGUGGGAAAGGCUUUGUUCAGAAAUCUGUACUCAAUGUGCACCAGAGUAUUCACACUUAAACAGUGUGAGAAAAACCUUACUGAGGACAUGACACUAUUGAAUCCAUGCAACAGAAUAAUAUGUAUAUUAUUGUAAGUAGAAAUGCCCACAGCAGAAUGUGACACUGCACUGUUUACAAGAGGACCUCUGAGAAGGAGCUGAAUGGCGGGGUGGGGGGGAUUCUACAUUGUCAUCACCAUUGUUAAAUCCUGGGGCAUACUGAGAAGGAACUGGUGCUUUAGAGGAAGCCUUCUCAUGAAAAAUACAGUGGAACAUAGGUACCAAAUUCUUCAUAGGAAGGAUAAAUUAUAAUCAUGAUAAUCCUCUUGGUGGAAUAGGGACAAUGCCAACAAAUUGAACAGUAAAACAACACAAUAUAGAGGGUGGUGAUACGUCCUUAGUUCUGUAAGUUGUUUCCUGAAGAACAUAUCUAACAGGCAUGAGGGUUUUCAUUCUUUGGUUGAAUCUAACACAUUUGUGUAUAUUCAGUCUACCAUUGCUGCUUCUAUCAAGGAAGUGAUGUAAUAAAAUAUAUUCCUUAUCUAU